UUUUCAUAACAAAAACAGCGUCCUGUGGUCCUUUUAGUCCUGUUUUCGGGGCAAUUUUGACGAAAUAAAGGAAAAAUCCGAGACGCCACACGAUGGGAGGUUGUCGCUGUACCUUCCGCGGAUGUGACAACGCCUCAAAUAAUCGUCCUGGCAUGCAUUUCUUCCAUUUUCCCACGAAAGAUGCUGAGCGUUGCGAGAAAUGGAUAAUUUUUUCCAACAACCUGGAUUAUCGGGACAUGGACGAGAAAAAACUGCGAAAUCGUAAUGUCUGCGAGGAACAUUUUCGAAUAAGGAUGUUCAUGAAUAUCAAAAAGGAACGUUUAGUAAGAUUUGCUUAUCCGACUCUCCUGAAGACGAAAAUUAACGGAAAAGUUUAUGACUUGGAAAAAUUCCAAGAUGCCAAAUUUCCGAUCGAAGAUAUGAACAUUGAGAGUGAGAUGGAUGAAGAAUUCGAUCAAUUUUUGGUUGAUGAUGCGGAAAAUCCUUUACUUCAUGAGGUCUCGAGAAAUGACACAAAAGCCGUACCUGAAAAUGAGCAAAAUUUCAGCUUGAACGAGGACAAUAUUGGCGACAUUCCAAUCGAAUUUGAGGAAAAUGCGAAAAUUUCACCGAAGAAAAUUGUUUUGACUCCCGUGAAAUUUACAGCGAAAAAGAGAACUUUGCCAGUUGAGAAAGAAAAAGUGGUUAUGACACCAGUUAUGAUCAAAAAACCAAAACCUAGUCCUGCGACUGCGGUUAAAAUCCUAAAUAGCACAAAUUUGAUCAAACAAGUCCCGGUUGAGCCAAUCGAGAUAAUUCAAAGCAGUAUUACUGAACCUCCUGUAAAAAGUGAGCGAAGUCCCCCGGUGAAAAAACCAGUGAGAGUUGAAUCUAAACCUGAAGAUCUUGAAAAAAUCAAAAAACUCACAGAAGAACGCGAUAAAGCCCUAAAAACGCAACAAAAUUUAAAACUAGAAGUACGCGACGCGCAUUCGCAAAUAAAUGUCCUCGAACAAAAAGUAAAAAUGCUUCAAAAUCAACUUAGUUUAGCGAAAGAAGCUGCUAAGCCGAAGUCACCAGUGAAGAAAGUUACGGGAACAAUUGCGACUCAAACUGAUCCCGAAAAGAAAGAAACGCCAAAAGUUAAAGAGUCUCCAGUUGCGAAUUCGGGCAAACCAGCUCCUCUGACGAAACCUCAGCUCUUUAAUGGGAUCAAGAGAUACGUUUCGAAUGCCAUGGCAACUUUGCUGAAGAUGGAAAUGUUCGGAAAUAGUGAGAGAGAAUGGAAAGCAGAUGAAAAGAAAAUCUCGUGUGAAGUCAUGCGACUCGGAAAAGAUGUUUAUGAAUAUUUCACAGAUGAAUGGCGACUAAGGUUACCAUCGAAAUCUGACGUUAGUACUUGGUUACAGGACAAUGCCGACGAAGAUGACGACGAUUUGUUCUGAGUUUUCUGUGUUUUGUCAAUAAAAUUUUUCAUUUUAUUGUGAAUUAGUGGACCUGUAACUCGGUUCUACUUGUCGAAAGUUUUUUUUCGUUCAAAAAAGUGAAGUUUUGCUGUGUUUAGGCAAUUGCACCCCCCUUUUAAGCUUAAAAAGCAUUAAAAAUCACAAAAAUGACACAAAAUUUAACAAAAAAGGUGAUUUUAUAUAGAUUUGCACCUACCUUUGUGGUCCGCCCUUGUAUUUAGGAAACUUUGCGCUCCAAAACCUUCUU